AUGCCCUCUGCACUCUCCUCCCUCACAGAAGCACACCUAGCCGAGCUCAGCAGGCUCAGCCACGCCUACGUGCUCCUUUUGAAGAUACGCGCUCGUUUAUACGACGCAUACACGUCCCGCCACGCCGCAAGUAUUUCUGUCCUCCGUGAACUGAUCGGAACAGCGGAAUUUCCGGUGGCGCUGAUGGAGUCGAUGUUUACACGGCAGCAGCUUGCGGAGGCUGCUGAGGCGCUGCUAGCGAGGUCUGAGGGUUUGAGUGAGGAUAUUGAUAUCUGUGAGCAGUUUUUGGAGGGGGAUAAAGAGGCAGAGCAGAGGGUCUUAGUGUUGAGUAGGUGGAGGUGUGCGAUGUUGGAGGUUGCGGUUGCGGAAUUGGAUGAGUAA